AUGUCAUCCGGUGUUGCUGUCAACGAUCAGUGCAUUGAGCUCUACGAGGAGUUCAAGCUGCGCAAGACUCUCAAGUACAUCAUCUUCAAGUUGUCAGACGACGCCAAAGAAAUCGUGGUUGAGAAGUCUGCCGAGACUGCCACUUAUGAUGAUUUCCUCGGUUGUCUCCCUGCCGACGAGCCUCGUUAUGCUGUCUAUGACUUUGAUUACGAAAAGCCUGGUGAAGGUCAAAGAAGCAAGAUCACUUUUUACUCCUGGAUCCCCGAUACUUCCAAGGUCCGUCAAAAGAUGUUGUACGCCUCCAGCAAAGACGCGUUGCGUAAAAAGUUGGUUGGCUUGGCAAUUGAAAUCCAGGGUACCGAGUUCAGCGAGGUAGACCACGAAGCUGUCUUGGAAAAGGCCAACCGUUCCGCUUAA